GCCGUUAAUGUUUUCGUGGGAGAAAGCGUCUGCAUGAAAAAUGAAAUUUGGACCCAUUUUAUCUCAGAAAAGUGACCGAUAAUGGAUAUCAUACGUUGUGUAAUCGUUUACAUAGUUGUAUGUCUGACAUAUGGGUCAUUGGUAAGUUCAGAAAUACACCGAACAAAGUCAAACCCUUCGAAAAAUGGACUAAGGAGAGAACGUUCUUACGUGGCCGAAUCAAAUGAUAAACUUGAUUGUGAAAGCAGUGGAUUCCUGUGUUAUUUUAAUACUAAAAUGUUCCAAAAUAAUUAUGAGACAUGGUGUUACUCGCUAUUUGGUGCUGCCCUGGUAGGAUUGAGUGGCAUAUUUCCACUGCUAGUGAUUCCAAUUCAAGCUGGACCGUCACUUAGGCAUGGUGCUCCUGCUGCACGCUUGAAGUUACUGCUGAGUUAUGCUGUUGGAGGUCUGCUUGGGGAUGUGUUCCUACAUUUACUGCCCGAGGCCUGGCAACACCUCGAUAAAGGCGGUCAUGACCAUGACGCCCAUAUUCGACUGGGACUGUGGGUAAUCGCCGGCAUGCUCUCCUUCCUCAUCAUUGAGAAAAUGUUUGCUAAGGAGGGAGAGUUUGACCAUUUGGAAGAUGAAUGUGAAGAAGCAGAAGAAGAAAUGAAUCACCAUGACAACCAUAUAUCCACACCCACACAAUCCCAAACAGACAGUGUUUCUAAUAAUACAAGAAAGAGGGCACAUUUACAGAGCAAAAAUGGUGACACGGUCGAACAUAAAAAACAGAAUGGUUUAAAAAAGAACAAUGCUGACAAUAUUUCAAACAGCAGUAAAAGUGCUUCAGUUUCUCAUACGGAGGUAAAAGAAGAAAGUAUAAAGGUGAGUGGGUACUUGAACCUGGCUGCCAAUGUGAUAGACAACUUCACCCACGGGCUGGCUGUAGCUGGGGGCUUCCUUGUCAGUAACAAAGUGGGUUUAAUCACAACUCUGGCCAUAUUAUUGCAUGAAAUCCCCCACGAGAUUGGAGACUUUGCCAUUCUACUGCGUUCUGGCUUUAAUCGAUGGAAGGCUGCAAAGGCUCAGUUGCUGACGGCCUCAGGGGGCAUGCUGGGAGCUAUUACUGCGCUGACAGCUGACUCCGCCCAGAGUGCAGGGGAGAGCACUGCAUGGAUCCUGCCGUUCACAUCUGGAGGCUUCAUCUACAUCGCCCUAGUAACCAUUGUGCCCGAUCUCCUGGAGGAAAGACAUCCUAAGGAGUCAGCAAAGCAGAUUAUAUUUCUCAUUGCCGGGGUGGCUACCAUGUACUUGGUGUGUCUAGUGCACUAGGAAGAAAGGUCUCCAAAACCUUGUGUAAAACUGUGCUAUAGAAGUGUUCAAGUCAUCAAAGAAAUGCCAUGUUCCCGAAGAAACUAGUCCACGAUAUUAGUUAGUGUUAAUCCCGCUGCGUCAAAGUCCAUGAGAAAAUUGUGUACUGGAUUCACAAUUAUAUUUUGUAUUAGGAAGUCUGACGAUGGUCCCCUGGUUUCAGGGAUCUUUAUUAUGUCCCUUUGUAUUCAUAAAUCGUGUUUAUACUCAUUUACUAAUGAUGCAUGUUGUGCUUAUUGGUACACACCAGAAUUACGCCAAGGAGAUCAUUUGUUUAUAUAGGAAGUCUUCCUGAUACAUUGUACUGUCAAUCAGGGGCCAUGUUACAGAAGCAUCUUAAGUUAAAGCUGUACCUUUUCCUUAAAUGGAAUAUGUCCUUAACAGUAACUGUUUUGUAUCGCAGGUAGACAGUGUUCUGCUCAGCAUAGAUUCUGCAAUUAAAAUAUGGACACUUAUGUUUUUAAAUGAAAAUGAUGAAAACUCCAUUUUAAAGAAUUGAUUAUUUUAACAAAUAUAACAAUUCAUAACAAGUCCAAGUUUUACUCUGAAGUUAAAAUAUGUUAAAAAAUAAGAUUCUUCUGUAAUACGGAGCCUGUUUUUAAACCAUUAUAUGCAAACAGUUGAUAUUUUAAUAAUAUUAUGUUGUAUUGAUAAACUGUUUUUAAACCAUUAUACGCAAACAGUUUAUGUUUAAUAAUUUUUGUUUUUUCAGGUUUAGGUUGUUUUUCUAUUAGAAUUGUUCUGGUUUUAGUUCAUUUAUUAAAACAUUUUUAUGUUGUUGUUUUUUAUAGAAUUUGCUUGUCAUAGCAUAAAUUAUGUGCUGAGAAACGUUUUUGUGUUUUUUUAAAUAUAGCUCUAUGAAAUAGCAAUUUCAAAAAAUUAUAGUUAUGAAGUAUAAGCCUGAUUUUGUUCAACUAAGCACAUAUCACAGUACGAUUUUUUAAGUAAUUGAAACAAUUUUGAUGCAUCUUUGUAUGCAUUUUACAUUUUCUAUGACUCUACAUAUUGUUUUAGGAUCAUAGAGCGCAUUGCUUUAUAGUGUUGUCUAUUUUAAGCUCGCCUUUUCUUUUUUAAAAGAAAAUAACUCGAGGUAUGGUGAAGGCCAUGAUGUCUUUGUCAACCACAGUGUUGGGGGUGUGCAAAAACUUCAAAAAUGGCAGUUACUCAAAAACCAUUCAUGAUAUUCAAAUUGAACCUAGUACACCUGUUGCCAGAGACAAUAUGCACAGGCCUUAAUAAUGAUUGAGUCAUGCCCCUUUAUGAUUGAAUCUUAACAGAUGAGCUUUAGUGUUCACUCCACUGCCCUCUAAUUGUUUAAAUAACUCCAAGUUAUUUAGGUAUUUAUAAUUUAUCUACUUAUUUCUUCAUUUAGGUAUUUAUUGUGUAUCAGUUUAUUUCUUCAUUGGGUCAAAACAGACACGUUUGUUGAAGGUGCUAGUUAUUAUAUUUUUUUAUAAGAAAUUACAAUGUUUUCCAUCCAUUCUGAUAUUGUUAUACUGUGAGAUUGCUGUAAAUAUGUUAGGAAGAAGUGGUGAUGGCAAAACAGAUCUAAAUGAGCAUAAAAAAUGGAAGCACUUGCACUUGGGACAGUUUUGCAUUCACUCUUCAUAUAGAUUGUGUAAGUCUUUAGAGUAAAAGAGACUGUUAUUUUUCAUGUUGGUGGUCCGUGCAUGAUGCUUAUUAUAUGGGGCCAUCAUUACGACCAGUCUCAAGUCUAGAAUCAGAAGGCAAAGAAAAAGAAUCAUCUUUUUUCCAUUUGUUUAACAAACAUAAAUGAGAGUAAUCAUACAUUUUCGAAUAGGUAUAAAUUCAGCAAAUUUUACUAUCCAAUUUCAACUAGAAAGUUUCAAUGAAAUUAAGAUAUGCAGUUUUGCCACUUGAGUCUGAACUCAGACUUAAGACUUGAGACUGUUUGUAAUCAUGGGCCCUAGGACUGAGAACUGAAAUGAGCUUGUAUUGUUGUUAUUUCAGGGUAAAUGUGUUCCAAAUUUUACUUUCAUUGAGAAAACAAAGUUUUAUGCAUCUCAUUUUGAGAGUAUGUUUAUAAUGUUGUUGAUGAUGUAUGUAUGUAUGGAUAUCAUGUUUAAUUCUAUGAAUUAUUGAAAAUGGCAGUGUAUGAUUAUUCUAUUGUCGAUGAUUAAUCUAGAUGCAUGUUGGAUAAUUUAUAAAAAUAUAUAAAAUGACUAAACGAGUAUACAUGUUCAUUUUUGUGGUAAUCCUAUUUAGAUGCUGUACAUGAUUUUUAUGGCGCACAAUUUAGAUUAUUUUUUUUUAAGUGCUUUAUCAUGUUUAGCUCAUUUGAUUUUAAUGAAAAAUACAACAAAAUCUGAUGAACAAGUACAUAUAAAGACAUUUACCUUUAUUGAUAAAUGUUUUUAAAUAAAUAUCCACAAGGCUACAAAAUCACAGGUUAAAUAAAACGCAAAAUAUUGCGUACAGUUUAUACCUGUACCUGAAUCAUAGCUUUUUUUGCAUUAACCCAAUUCAUCACCCUAGUGCAAUAACUCCAUUACUGCAUAUAGAAAUAGAAGCAAAUAUUGAGUUCUUGCACUAUAAGUACACGCUAUAUUGUGCGCCUUUAAAGUGUAUGGGAGUUUGUUUAUAGUGUUGGCAAUAAUUUAGUGUUUGAAAUUAUGUUUUGUCCAAUGGGAUGGCAGUAUUUUUCAAAUCUGCAAUAUCUUUUAUUUUUGAAGAUCAGCAGUCAGCCUCAUUGAUUUCUAGCAGGUAAAUCAGUAGAUUUACAUGGGAUGGGCCAGUAGACAAAAUAUCAUUUCGAACACUAUGCCAAUUACUGUUUGUCAAUAUGCAUUUAAUAAAUAAAAGUGGUCAGCCGGAACAAGCUUACUGGGCAUAACCAUGUUUAAGGUAAUCCAUCCAUCACUUAUACCAAAAAAUUUCUUCUGGAAAGGUUUCAUUUUAAAGUUAUGAAAUGUUCCAUUUGAAUAUUUUUAAAAUUUCACCGAGAGCUUUUUUUAUAGACAUGUGCUAAUUAUGAAAUAAAUUAAUAAAAUUGCUAUAUAACCAUAGUAAAAAUUUGUUUCAUCACCUUCCUUUAAGGUAUGAUCUUUGUUGAUGUCUAUAUAUAAUAUCAUUAUCAUAAUAAUCUUGAUGUAAAUACCAGGGGCCGUAUUCAAUAAGCAUCUUAGUAAAUAUUUUUAACUUAGUAAGAAUUUCGUAAUUUUUUACAACAAUUGUUUUAUAUACACUCUAUUUAUCAUCAGAUUUAUUCAUAUGCAUUUAUUAUUUAGACUAUUUUCAUUUUGUUGGUGUACAAACAUUGUUCAUUUUCUUAAAAUUCAAAGUUGAAAAAAACAUUUUUUUCACUAAGUUGGAAUUUGUUACUAAGAUGCUUAUUGAAUAUGGCCCAUGAAUGCACAAACACAUCUUUACAUUCUAAUGAUGGAUGGCUUACCUUAAUCUAAUAAAUGCAUAUUAAGGAACACUAAUUUAUACAUAUUUCUGUUAUUAAAUGGCUGUGAGUGUAUGUUUAUAAUUAUGGCACUGAUUUAUCUCUGUAUUUCUGCAAAUUAUAUAAAAUCGCUGUGAUAUUGCAUUCAAACAUGUUUACUUGUUGCCAGUUGCCGUAACAGUGCAUUUGUCAACAUUUUUACCGCUUGCCGCUUGCCAUGACAUUGACCAUUAUUAUAUAGUAAAUAGUUCAGAUGCAAAAUAUGUUAUUUACUUGUUAAACUAUUGAUUUGGUAAGAUGGAAUUCUGUUGGUUGUAUGUAAGCUUGCCAGUAUGUUAGUGGUUGAUGUGUCUUGCAUAUUUCUAUAAUACAUGUAUACACUGAACUUGUAAACUGUAAAAUACUCAUUUUCGUAUGUACAUAUUCCUUAAAUCAUUUUAUGCAAUUUUAGCAGGGGCUUUGAUUCUUAUUGUUUUUGUGGAUUAUGUAAGAUUUUUGGCUUCUCCACAUUCAUAAUAUUUUGUUUGUUAGGCCACAAUAAAUAAAUAGUUUGUUUGGGUUUUCAUGUCCAUCUCUCUAAAAUACCAGUAACCAGAUUUUUUUUAGCCUCUCCAUUGGUGAUGAUUUUUUUUUCCAAUAUGGAAGUAAUGGGUUAAAAAGAAAAAAAAAGUGAAAAAGACAAACUACCUACCCACCUAAAAAUGUGACCCAAAAAUGUCAAGCAAACUAUUUAUAGAUUUUUAGCAUUGGAAUAUACAUAUGCAUUGUACAUGUAUGAUUUUUUUGAAUGUUUUUAUCAGAUAAUUUUCUUCUUAAAAAUUUAACACGUUUUAUGGAAACAUUACUUUACAGUAAAUGAUUCUCUGUUUUUUAUGAAACAAAUUGUGAAUUACCGGUAAGGUGUUUGACCCACAUCUGAAGAUUCCAAUUGAUUUGAUUUACCCUGACAUGUUAAAUUUUAAUGUAUAGUGACCCCAUUUAAUUUUGGUAUCAGGUACUUAAGAAUAUUGCUUUUUGAUGAGUAAUAUACCAUCAAAACCAGUUUGCUCGAUAUCCCAGGGACCGGCCAAAAUGCUUUGAGCCUUGCAAAUAUCAGUCAAAGCAGGAUUGUUUACAUAGAGUAAAAAAAUUGGUUUUUGACAUUAAGUUCAAGCCAACAAGGAAAUCGAGCCAAGUGAUAUCCACAGGGUUUCGACUGUAUGUAAGAUUAAUGACAAGAAAAUACAGUUAAAAUGAAGACAUUGCAGUAAAUAAUUGUGUUCUUUAUCUCAAAUGAACUUUUUAUGGACAUAAAAUCAUCUAUUUGUGAACAUUUUAAGGCCGAAUCAGUUUGUUUGUGGUACUAUGUAUAAAGUUUGGUAUCUUUGUUUCAUAUUCUUUCUCUACACAUUAAACGUUUUCAAAUGAUACCAAAAUAAUAGAGGGGUCACAAGGCAUGGACAAUUAAGAUAUUUAAGUAUACUUUCCAUGCAAUUAAGUAUAAUUGUCCGUAUUCAAUAUAAUUCUUAUCCUUAUCCUUAAAUAUAAUCCACUGAUUCCAUUCAGUUGAUUGGUCAGUUAUUUUUACAGGCCAAUCAAAACACUCAGAUUGUUCUCUUAAACUUAAGUGAGAUCUAAGUUUGUUACUGAAUAAGGCCUCAGAAACUUUGUCCCGUCUCUCUCUGCUCAGUUCCUAAUCAAAACUUGUUAUUUUAUCUAUUUGCUUCCAGAGUUUGCAAUUUUUUCUCAACAUUUGUGCAAUAUAUUGUACCUUUAUUUCUUUGAAGCUGGUAUAGUAUGGCAGUUAUUUACUGCCACUUUAUAGUUCAUGAAUCUUUUAAUGUUUUAUUUUUUCAUUGAUUAUGUGUUCACAUAUCUUAUAAUUCUUUUUUGCUUCGAUUAUGUAUGGUUUUGUGUUGAGGUGAGGGUCACUUUAAGUCAGCAUUAGGAUUGUUCAUGAGCUGAAUAUACUGUAUGCAAUUGGUCGGCAUUUCACAAAGUACAUUUUAUAAGUAUUUAGUCACCAGUAGUAAACACAGUCACUUGUGUACAGUAGGGCAUGUAUUUAUAAAACAUUUUAAGUCAUUUCUUAAAUUAAGUCGAAUUCUAAGCUUAAGUUAGUGUUUUAAUUUGCAAAAUUUUGUACUAUAUCCUUUUUUAACUUUAAAUAAAGAUUAGUGUAUUAUGAUUAAUUAUGAAAAUCAUUUUAUCUUAAACCCAAAAACUUUGAAGGAUGUGAAGAUUAAACAAUUUUACUGAAACAAAAAUAUAAGGCUUAGCUUGAUCCUGUUAUAAGGGACUUAAGAUGUUUUUUAGAAACUUGAGCCUGGAUAUUCCAUCGUCAGUAAUUGAAACCAUCUAAAUUCAGUUUGUUCAAUGUAAACUCAUAUGCAUAUUACUUCAUUAACAUUCAACCUAGAAGGUUAUAGGUGAUAUAAUAGAUCACUACAUCGCUUGAAAUCCAACCAUAUUUUAGUCAUUGAAUAUGCCAUAAUCGUGUUUAUAUGCUGAAAUCCCUGACAAAGCUACCAUAUCAGUAAUUUAAAAUGAACUUGUCAAUGCUUAUCCUUUCAACAGAUAGAAUGGAGAUUCUUUCCAUCAAAUUUUGAAGUGUAAGAUGCAGAAUAACUGUGGCUGCUGCUCGGUUGUUUUGUGCAUACACAAGUUGGGAUAACUUUGUCCAGUGUUUUCUGAGUCAUCGUAACCAUCACACUUUUAUAUCUGAUCAAUAACUUUCAAUUACAUGUUGUAUUCUGCAAACUUGGUAUAUACAUUGGCAUAGUCAGUAGAUGACUCCUAUUGAUUUUGGGGUCAGUAGGUCAUGGUGACUGUACUGUACUAAAAAAUAGUGAUGGGUGCUCUGACUGGCGACACAUUGGAUUCAUGGAAUUCUAUAUUUAUACAUGUAUAUUACUUUCUUGAAAUUUUCUUUCAAAGAUUUAUAGACAUGGUUUACUCCAUCAUUUACACAUCAGUUGAACUGUUUAUUAAAGAUGCUUUGUUUGAAUGAUAUAAAGAUUAUUCAUGUUAUAAGCACCGAGUACGUAAGAAUUGACAAUAAUAUUGAUGUUAUCACUACUAGCAAUUGGUAUCGCUUACAGCUUUCAGUUUGAUUUUGAGAUACUUUCCUAAGCAAAAUUACUUUAAAUUGGAAUUCAAUCCUUAGGAAAGAUUCUUGUUAAGUGAGAGGUAAAAUAGAUACCUAUCAUAUUUUAUCACGACUAGCUAAACAGUGUGACUACACUGUAAAUUGUUUCAACUUCAUGUUAAUAAGUAUCUUUUCAUGUUUAAGAAACACUGACAACCAAUUUGUAUGUCACAUUUGAACUAGUUUCUGUUCCUUUAAUAGUGAACACUUUACAUAAUCAUUUAUAAUAUGCAUAUCGACAUCCUGGUUUUAUUUCAUUUUGUGUCAAAUAAUAGAAGUUGAUGCUUCUUUAUAUUUUUUAUUUGUUUACAUCAUUUUGAAUCAUGACAACAAGUUGAUGUUAUCCAUGCUAUUACAAUUACACCAAUCAUUAUUGAAUUUAUGAUGAAAUAAAAGAAAGGCUGCUA